AUGGUGAAAGAGUGGAACAUGGUGGAAUUUAUACAGGACUUCGACAUAAAGCUAACCAUGGAGGAACCGUACGAAGUCAUAAACCACAUUCAGGUCCAACCCGUAAUUUUCAGUAAAAUCAUUGAAGCCCAGGAGGGCGAUGAAUUAUUUAAAAAGAUGAAAGAAAGAGCAAAGAAUGAUGUGAAGUCCGAGUGGAGAGUUGGUACUGAUGGGAGAUUGCGGUAUAGAGGCCGCCUUUAUGUUCCAAACCUUCAAGGACUACAAAAAGAAGUUUUAAACGCCGCUCAUAACUCCAAAUUGGCGAUGUAUCCUGGUAGUACCAAGAUGUACCAGGAUCUGAGACGAAACUAUUGGUGGGACAACAUGAAGAAGGAAAUAGCGGAGUAUGUGUCCCAAUGCCUCACUUAUCAACAGGUCAAGGCCGAACAUCGCUGA